GAUGCACCAGACACGGAAGGGUCUUCUGCAACGCCUAGUACGUCCUUAAACUUCGAAGAUGCCGAAAGUUUGCCCGUCAAUGUGUUACGCGACUGCCAAGAAAUCUCUGUGACCGCAGCCCCUACCAACCACGCUGAAGGUAAACGAACUUUUUAUUACAAUUCGUGAUAUUUCUUUUUUUGAGAGUAGCCUUCUCUAGUUGGUGGUUUGCAUCACACACUGAAGAAAAAAGGUAAAGAAUCUUACAUGUAUUUUCCUCCCACAGAUACUGUGUGUAUACAGUCAGAGAGUGAUAUCACGAACAGUUUCACUGAAGAACAGCAGACGAAGAAAAUUCAUCACUACAUUCUCUGCAAAAGCGUGACUGCUUGCGUGUGUGUCUCAAGAAGAAAGAGCACGCAUCAAAACAACCAAAAAGAAGCAGAUGUUUAA